AUGGAGGAGAAAAAUAAUAAUGAAGGAGGUAAUUAUAAGGGAAAACAACUAACACAAAUAGAAAAAUGGCUAAGAAAACAUAAGUUAGAGUAUAGUGCAGCUACUAGACAUCCUUUUAUUUAUUCUAUCCAUGAUGGUUCUAUUGAUUUCUCUUGUUACAAAAAAUGGCUGGAAAGGGAAUAUUUGUUUGUGAAAACAGCUUUGGUACCAUUUGCAGCUAGUGUUUUGCUUAAAGCUUGGAAAGAGUCAAUAAAUAACUCUGAUGUUGAGGUUAUUUUGGGUGGUUUGGCCUAUUUGAAUGAUGAGAUUUCUUGGUUAAAACAAGAAGCUUCCAAGUGGCACAUUUCCUUGGCAAGUGUUGUUCUUGAUGACAAGCCCCUCCUUGAUUACUUUAGGUUUUUCGAACCUUUAACAAGUCCAGACGUGAAGUAUACAGAGGCAAUAACCAUUUUAUGGGCAGUGGAAUCAGUUUAUUACAAUGGUUUUGGACAUUGUUUGGAAGAAGGAAAUACUACUCCAAACGAAAUGAAAGAUGGUUGUAAAAUAUGGAGCAAUGAUAAUUUCAAACAAUAUUGUCAAUCACUUGAAAACAUAGCUAAUCGAACGCUAGAAGAGGCGUUGGACGAAGAACUAUCGAUGACUGAAGUAUUAAUCCUCGAAUUUCUUGAGAAUAUUGUUCGUUUUUGGAAUAUGAACCUUGGAGGAACUUAA